GUAUCUCACUCCCUGCUGGGUCUGAGGCUCCCAGGGGCCCCCUUCCUGGUCUGCAGGGACCUCCAGGACCAGCGCUCUUGUCCCACCUCUCCUGUGGGCACCCAGCAGGAGGGAGCAGCCUGCUGCUGAAUGCACAUCUACACAGCAGGACCCCAGGACCUAGCAGGAAGGUACUGCGCUCCGCCCCUGGGACUUCUCACAGACUGCUCUGCGAUGACCACAGCAAGGUACCGGCCCACCUGGGACCUGGCCCUCGACCCGCUGGUGUCCUGCAAGCUGUGUCUCGGGGAGUAUCCAGUGGAGCAGAUGACGACCAUCGCCCAGUGCCAGUGCAUCUUCUGUACCCUGUGCCUGAAACAGUAUGUUGAGCUCUUGAUCAAAGAAGGACUAGAGACUGCAAUUAGCUGCCCGGAUGCUGCCUGCCCCAAACAGGGUCGCCUGCAGGAGGACGAGAUUGAGUGCAUGGUCGCGGCUGAAAUUAUGCAAAGGUAUAAAAAGCUACAAUUUGAAAGAGAGGUGCUCUUCGAUCCAUGCCGGACAUGGUGCCCAGCAUCCUCCUGCCAGGCUGUGUGCCAGCUCCAGGACAUGGGACUACAGACCCCCCAGCUGGUGCAGUGCAAAGCAUGCGACAUGGAGUUCUGCUCCGCCUGCAGAGCCCGCUGGCACCCCGGGCAAGGCUGCCCAGAAACCAUGCCUAUCACCUUCCUCCCUGGAGAAACCAGCUCUGCUUUCAAGAUGGAAGGGGAUGACGCGCCCAUCAAGCGCUGCCCCAAGUGCAAAGUCUACAUCGAGCGAGACGAAGGGUGCGCCCAGAUGAUGUGCAAGAGUUGUAAGCACGCCUUCUGCUGGUACUGCCUGGAGUCCCUGGAUGAUGACUUCCUCCUGAUACACUAUGACAAGGGACCCUGCCGCAACAAGCUGGGCCACUCUCGGGCCUCUGUGAUCUGGCAUCGGACACAGGUCGUGGGCAUCUUUGCUGGCUUUGGGCUCCUGCUCUUGGUGGCCUCUCCAUUCCUGCUGCUGGCCACCCCGUUUGUACUCUGCUGCAAGUGCAAGUGCACUAAGGGGGACGACGACCCGUUACCCACCUAGAGGAAGCACGGUGCUGCCGAGACCCCGCCUCCGGGACGUGUAGCUCCCCACCCACCCCCAGCCCCCCACUAAACAUUUCUCUUGCCUUAUGUGCCCCAUUGAGCUUCACAGUGUCAGGCUGGAUGCCGUGAUUUCAGGGACCGAUGUCAAGGUGUUGCCCAGGCCCCGGGGUGUGGUCGCCUAGUCUUGGGGAAGGCAAGACAGGCCAGGGUUGGGCACGUCCCCACAGCAUCAGUCACUGCAGACCUGAGCGACAGUGUCGACAGAAGCACACCAGGCCUUUCCUCCCCGAGGCGUGGCGGUAGGCUAGGGACAUCUGGUGGGGGCUAAGAGACCUUCUCCUUCAAAAUGUUGUCCUCUCCUCCUUGGCUUCAAGAUGGCACCAUGUUGGGGGAGGCCGGAUCACAUCUGUCUUCAGACAGAAUUUAAUUAUUCCAACUUGAAAAAAGCACUCAGUUGGUGACAACUGUUUCUAUUACUAAUGGCAUUUAGCGAGGUCCUUUGUAGAAGGCUUUUCUUUUAUCCUAGCUGAGUAGUGAAAACCAACACGGUGCAUAUGAACCAUCCUCUGCCUUUCUUAAAAUGUGCAUUUUAAGAAGUUAUAGUGCAGCGACUUUUCUGGCUUGACCACUUUUCAGGAGACUUGGAAAGCCUUAUGCACUCUGUGUUUUUCUUGAAACUUGCUGUAAUAACUUUCUGAAUGCUGUAAGCUGUGUACUGUUAUAAACACAGUUCCUAUGUCGCUGCUUUCAUUGGAAAAUACUGACAUGUUUAAAGGAACGUCUCCACAAGAGUCACCUUUUGUUCCUUCUGCUAUGGGGAUUCAGGAUACCCACAGGGCUUGUUCCUUCUCACCCAGGUAGCGGCAAAUAGUUUUUAAUGUCUUCUAAACCAAUGGUUUACUAAGAAAUAGUUCCACUCAGAAUGACUAUGGUUUGGCCUCUUGCCCCAGUUUUCAAGUCAGACAGUAAAAAGAAAAUUGCAUUAUCGAUCCUGGGAGCCAGGGCCUUCUGCCAGAGGCUGGGGGGCCCUUGGAGAAGGGGCAGAAGUUUCUGGAUAUUCAUAUUUUUUAAAUGCUUUAAUUAUUUUGAAAAAUCAUGUGUCUCACACAGUUCCAAGCCCUGUAGCUAACCAGUUUGCCCUGACUGGAUAAAACGCUUGCAGUUCACUUUUGAUGUGGGGAUUUUACCAUUUGGUCUUUCCCAGGGCUCUGUGUGACUGUUUCCAUGGCAAAGAAAUGCACGGAUCAAUAAGAUGCACGUUACUCCAUCACUUGUCUGAAGGGUGGAGAAAGCGUUUCCUUUAAAGAGAAUUACUAUGAGAGUCACAUGUGCUUGCCAGGAACAAGAAGAAAAUAUUGUGGAUUUAUUACAGUGGAAUUUCUUAAGACUUAUUAAGAAUUCUACCAAGGAGUAAAACAAAAGCAAAGUCCUUUUAUCUCGGUUGUUUGCUCAUUGCAAGCACAUUUUAAAUAUGAGGUUAUUUUGUGUGUGUUUGACUCGACAUUUACACAUCCGUCUCAGGUCCUAGUACAUCUUCCCUGCCUGCAAAUUUCUUCUUUAUUUCUUGACAGUGAAUAGUUACGAAACAGAAUCACUUCUCUCUUCACCUCUAGUAUUGAUUUUCUUUAUGAAACAAGAGCCAUUUAGGAGAUCAGUCUGCAUCAAAAUUAUGUUCGAGAAGUUUUCUUUGUAAUUGCAGAUUAAAAGUUCAGGAACUAAAUAAGAACGUAGCUGAGGCUGUCUUUCAGGUGGGUCUCUGCAGUCUGAGAUGUUGUUAUGCAUGAAAGGAAUUUUCUGGAGAUGGGCAACAACUCCAUGAGCCAGUGGCCUGGGGACUUGGGACUUAAACCUGUAAUUUGUAGGCACAGUUGCCUGGCCACUUUCCCUAUCAAAGGCGGAAGGCAUUUGGCCCUCUUUCCAGUGGCCUCUGGGGGACACCUUCCUGAUGCCCCUGUCCUCCCAGGCUUGAAUAGCUGCUGUCCAUCACAUGAGUCCAUUCAGCAGUACCCCAUCUUUGGGGAGGGAUUUAGAGCCCAGAAUGGGAGCCUAGACCCCUUAUUCCUGGAGGGAUGGCAUGUCCUGUCUUGGAGGAGUCUCUGGCCCCAUGACACACAUCUCUAGCCCCAACCAUCCUGUGCCUUCGUGUGCAAUAUGCUUCAAAAGCAUGUGGUCUGGUGAGGUACCGACCACAGCAAUCCUGGGGCCGCCAGGGCAGUCAGAUAAGCACUGAGCUUUUGUAUCAAACCUGCCUCUGUUUGCUCAGUGGGAUUUAAUAUAAAAGUGAAACUGUCCACCCCUCUGUAAAUGCCAGUAAGAUCACCUGAAGGUACUGAAAGUAGCAUGUCCCUCAUCAGAAUCCUUUUCUCUUAGUAAGGAAUGCCAUACCCAUUUGUUACAGCAAUGCAGUCUUCACAUGCUGGAUGUAAAAUGUAAGUAGAUUAUGAGAGGAUGGUCCUCCGUGUGAACUUAGGUCUUAUCUGCACUCCGUAGAUGGACUCAUUACUGUUAUUCAGCAUGGUCUGUCCUGGUUGGAAAGUGACAUUCACUUUCACAGAUGAUUUUCUCUUUGAUGUCCUGCUAGCAGGUACUUUUAUUCAUUGAGAGGCCUUUAACUCCCGGGACUGGGAGAGGCCCUUAGUGAGAGGCCAGGGCUGCUGCAGGGUGGACCAGUGGGGAGCCCAGGGUUGACCUGUAGCUACCUGAAGCCCUUGGGCAGCCCGCCAUCUCACCAGGCUUUUACUAGAGGUGCCUGGUUUCUGUCUGGCUCAGCCAUGUGUCCUGUGUCCCCACAGAUGUCCCGGGAGACCAAGUCUGUUCAGGUGGCAGAGAUUGACUUCACAGCUGAGCUGAGUCAGACCUUGAUUGCAUGAGCAACGUCCUAAUCAGUUCUUCUUCCUCGGCUCCCAGGAGCAGCUCAGACUGCAGAAUGAACCCCCGGCACCUCUUCCAAGGGAACACACUCUCCUUACAAUAUAUUCCAUAUGGCACAUUCUGCCGUAGGAGAGCGAAUGUCAGAGGUGAAAAGAGGACUUCAAGAUGAAUUUCUCUUUUUCAUGUAGGUUGCAAAAAGCAAAAGUUAUGUAACAAAUUACAAGAGAAAAAUUUCCCUUGGUAGUGUAAACAUGAGGGAGUUGGAAUGAACCAGGGUGGACUUUUUGUAUUUUCUCAGAUUACCGCUUAUUAAUAAACACACCUGUGUGUGUAUAUGUAUAUACCUAUGUAAAUCACAGAUCAUCAAGGGAAAACAUUUUGCAUGUUCAAUGCUCCAUGAAGGUCUCCUUAGAACAUACCAAAGCUUGUUUUUUCCUUUUAAUUGACCCAGGCCCUUAUGACAAUAAGCAACAUGAGGGGAUUAUGACGGAUGAUUGCCAAAAACCCCCAAUGGAGCGAAAUGGCCCGCGUGAGACGCCAUUGCUGGUGCGUCCCCUGGCGAGCAUGCCCGCUGGUCGUCAGUCCCUUGGUCUCUGGCCGCCUCUGGUGUGCGCAGUCUGUCUUCCACAGUUCCAGAGCCCUCAGCGCAGGGUAGCUACGUGCCACGUGCCACGUGCCUGACCUGUCUUUCCUUUGCUCACUUUGCCGUGAGUGUGUUUGAAUCUUGUGUAAACGCAUGCAUGAGUGAGCCAUGCACAUGUAUACUUUAUGUAUUUGACAAGUGGUGGUAAAACAAAAAAACAAAUUUGGUUUGUGUUUUUGAAAUGUCAGUACGUUUUGUGCCACUAACACUGUGAUGUAUAAAAGAACUGUUUGGACGCCUUUCAAUGUUGUGUUUUGUACUUUGGAAUCACAUGGGAAAAGUUUCAUUUGUAACUUCAAUACAUAUUUUAAAUGUAUUGUGUCUUAUGUAGUUUGUCCCCCUUUCAAAGGGAUUUCUUUUUAAAGAUGUUUUGGCUGGAAUACAGGUGACUUUUUAAAAUCC